AUGCCCCUCCUCCACGCGGGCUCCGCCCUGCUAGUUCUGCUCCUGAUACUCCCGCAAGUACAUGCCUUCGGAGCUGGAAAUAUCGCCUCUAUCUCCGCCGUCGAAGGCAAGAACUGGCGCCAUGGUGAUAUCGAAGAUGUCAUCAAGACGCUGGCUUUCAUCUCCGGCCACAAAUGGACCUCCACCAUGAUCAAGCGUGUGUAUUUCGGCAACUGGUUGCGCGAUUACUCACAGGCAAUGGACGUUGGCACUCUUAAAAAUCUGCAGGCCGACACGAUCCGUGUUUUGGUGUGGGUCCUCUCGUUCCUGAGCUUCGGCUAUGCCACGGGGGAAUUUGAGGUGACUUCAGAUCGCUUGGGUGUCUACCGUCCCGAGGAACAUAUCGAUAACCCUAAGGACUAUGCCGAUAACGAAGAUGCACGCCAAUAUGACAAGCGGUUGCGCCCACCCGUUCGUGCUGUUGAACUCGAAAUCGACCCGAGCACCGGUAUGAAGAACUACAUCGCCAAUGAGCGAGGCGACUGGGCCACCAGCGCUGCCUAUAUCAAGUUCAGUCUCAGCCGCAGCCAGGGACUACACACGCUGGAGGAUUUCGCCGCACACACCAACUAUGUUGAGUUGGCGUUGCGCGAAAUGGGUUUCAAGAACGUGUUCACGCAUACGGGCACUGCCACCGAGAUCAACCUUCAAGGGCGUCGUGUCUUCCCACUUGUCACGGGAACAUUUGGUAUGGUCGAUUUCUUCCAUUCCGUGAUGGGAGAGGCAGAUGAUCACUUCACUCAAUCUGAGGUCAACGAGAUGGAUAUUGCGCUCGGUACCAAGGACCUCGUCAGCGAGGCUGAGGGUCUCAAGAGGUCAUCGGCGGCACAAGGAAUGGCCAACCAGAGCCGUAGUGCUGAGACCGGCUAUGCGCAGUCUUCUUUUAAUGGGCACGAGCGGACCCGUGCAGGGCCAACUCAGUCUUCAGGUAGCGGCAUGCCUGAUCUCAACCCUCAGGAGACAGUAGCCAAGAUUUAUCCCAUUUUGGCCUUCCGGGAUAAGGUGAUGCGGAAAUUGAACUCGGUUAUUGAAAAGAUCCCAGGCUUAGAGUCACUCGUCGAGAAGAUCUCCGAGACUCUGACCGUCUUCAUCAUGUCGCUCCUAUCGCCUUUUAUCCGACCUUUGAUCAAAGCCGCUUCUAAGUCCAUGCAAACUGGAUCAGCUGGUGUUAUUGAUGCCUCUGGCAAGCACCAGUACGAACCAUGGACUGAUCCUCACUGCACGGACCCCACCCACUCGUUGCUCUCCAAGGACCAUUUUGCCAACAUUCUGAAUGAGCCCGCCGGACGGGUCGCCUCUUCAAUCGUGGAGUACGUUGUGCCUCGUGUUCUGUACGCUUGGCAACACAUCGAUGUCCCCGAGCACGAGGUCCUUAAUGACUGCAUGCAAGUUUUCCACCACCCAGCAUUGCGCAACAUGCGUAAUGAUGCCCAUCGUGCAAUGUUCGAGGCCGUUGAGAAAUGGGCUCACGGCCGCUCAGAUCGCGGCGCUUCCCUUGACUCCAUCCUCAGCUCCGAGGGCGUGAGAUCUGGUCGUAACACUGGUGGAGUGAGCCACACUCACACGGGUGGCCAUGGUGGAUUUGCGGCAUUGGGUGGUGCCUCGCACGGCCAAAGCCAGGGUCACAACCAAAGCCACAGCCACGGACACAGUAACACUGGCGGGCAUUCAUCUGGUGGAUUCUCCUCCUUCCUCCCCCAACAAAAUCAGCACCAAAACCAAUCAAACAACAGCUCGUCUGGCAUGCCCUGGGACAAACUCUCUAGCAUCCCCGGCUUGUCUAACCUGGGCAAACUCGAAAGCAAAAUCUCCAACUUCCUCCCUGGUGGAUUGACACGCGAUGUGAACGACCAAGGAACCCAACAGAACCAGCACAGCUCAUACCAGAGUCACCAGCCAGGGGAUAGUCACGAGACCUCGUAUCCUCCUCCACAGCAGCAUGGAGGCUACCACCAGCCUCAGCACGUACCUCAACAAAGUCACGGCUACCAGCAUAAUCAACAUCAUGAACAGCAUUAUGGCGGCUCGCAGAAUUCUUCCUACUAUGGACAGCAAAAUGACCACUUCGGCCGUCCGCAGUCGCACGUCCCUCACAAUGCCCCGCCAUAUGGUUCGCAUCCGGGUCCACAUGAUGGAUAUGGAUACAGCCAGGAACAUGGGCAUGGGCAUGGGCAUGGUCGUCCAGGUUUCUGA